UCUCAUCUGAAGCUUCUCUUUGUCAGGAAAUGACUUCAGUUGUAGAAACUCGACUCAGAUCCUGCUUUAGUGAGCCUCGGGUCUCUGAUCCUUUAGUCUGCUUUCUAAACUCCUUUCCACUGACGGCCUCAGCGAGAGUCCAUAACGACCUGUUGGUGGCGCUGAUGAGUGAAAUGCUCGGUGCUGGUUUCAUCAGCUCUCUGACUGUCCACCAGGUCCUGGCUGGUGUCUCACAUUUAUUGGGACGUUCUGCGUUUAGACGCACAGGUUCUCGUCUGACUCCGCCACCUUAACUUAUGGGGUCCCACAAGGCUCCGUGUUGGGUCCACUUUGGUUUUGUUUUUAAUUUAUUCCACUUGCAGGCUUAUUCAGUCCUUUUCAGAUAUCUCUGAUUUACACCAGUGACAUUCAGUCAUAUUUUCAUUUCUACUCCCUCAGCUGGACAGGAUGGACCAGUUGGACGUCCUCAUGUUUGUCCUGACCAGUGAUCGUCUCUCCAGUAAGUCUCUGGUUAUAAACUCCAAUAAAAUCAAACUUCAGCGCCACAUUUGACUCGUCAUCAGGCUGCGACUCACGUUGAGCCGUUUCUGUUUCAAGAUCAGGGAGACGAGCAGAUCUGGAGGAAAUCGUUCCUGCUUUGGUCUGUUGCUGUUUCCACCUGCAGGACAAAUCGUCCUGCUCCCUCACAGCCUGUCUCAGUCCUUCCCGUCUCCUGACGGAUCCGUUUAAGGUUCUGGUGCUGAGCACAGAGCGCGGCUCGGCCAGGCUGCUGGCUUCCACUGAACCUGAAUGUCCUGUUUGGUCCAUGAACACGGUUAAAAGUUCUGCUGGGUUCUGCUGUGGCCUGAUCCCUGAACAGAGUGAGAGUGUUUGUUUUAGCUGUGCGGUUCCGAUCCGGGUCUCUGCCUCUGGUUUCCUUCCUGCUCUCUGGGCCCCCGGGACCGGCUGGGGCCCGGCUGGAGCCCGGCUUUCCGGAGCGGAUGCGUCGGGCGGGUCGAGGCUCAGAACCUCAGCGGCUGGCUGCUGGAAUGGCUGCUCUGCUGUGGGCUCUGCUGGUGCUGGUUCUGGAGGCCGGGCCGGGCCGGCAGCAGGCCUGCCUGCCGCUGUGUUUUGAAGGCCACUGCCUGACGGUGAACCGGGCCAGACUGGACUUUGAUGCGGCGGCGGCGGUGUGCCGCAGGCAGGACGGGGAGCUGCUGACGCUGCAGGCUCAGAGCAGCCAGCGGCUGUUGGCCCGACUGGCUCCGGUUCUGUCCGGAAGCUUCUGGAUGGGACUGCGGCUGCCGACUGGGGCCUGCAGUGACCCGGCAGAACCGCUGAGAGGGUACCGCUGGACCUCCGGCGCCGCCAACAGGACCUUCAACUCGUCCUGGGUCCGGUGGGCGGCCGGCGCAGCGGCCUGCUCGCCCAGCUGCGUGGCGCUGGCCCGGUACCAGGUCUGGACAGAGCGGCCAUGUUCCGACAGACCCGACGGGUUUCUGUGCAGAACCACGGACAGCAAUGCAUGCUGGGAGCAAGAGCGCUUCUUAAAGGGCCCCUUCCGGUGCGACGACGCCCCCUGCCAGCAGGAGUGUGCGGACGGCGAGGGCGGGGUCAGGUGCUCCUGUUUCCACGGUUACGUCCCGGACGCCGGCGACCCGCGGCGCUGCCGGCUGCACUGCGCCCAGCAGAGCUGUCCGCCCGUGUGCGCGGCGGGCGGCGCGGCGUGCCGCUGCGCGGACGGCUUCCUGCUGGACGGGCCGCGGUGUGUGGACAUCGACGAGUGUCACAUGGGGCAGUGCGACCAGAUCUGCCUCAACACCUUCGGCAGCUUCCUGUGCUCCUGCCGCCCAGGAUUCCUGCUGACAGGACAGGUGCGGUGCGUCGCCGUGGCAGCAGGUGAGGUCGUGACCCCGGCGGAUCGCGACAGCGUCCUGAGGGCCGCCUCAGCUCCGUCGGGGCCUUUCCUCUGCGUCUGGGCCGGGGCCGCCGCGGUUCUGGUGGCGGCCGUGUUGCUGCUCAGACUUUAUGUUGUUUGGCGUCAGAAACGCAGAGACCGAAGCUCCGGCCAGGAGCCGGCCGCUCCCGCUCCGGCCCGGGCUCCUGAACCACAGCUUUGGAACCUUUAAGCUUUGGAACCUUUAAGCUUUGGAACCUUUAAGCUGAGGAACCUGGCAGUCGGCGCUCAGGGCAGAGGUUAAAACGUUAAAAUGGCCGCCUUCUCUCCAUGUAGAAUGAAAUUUAUAACUUUUUAAAAAGGAUUUUUCUCUUUUUCUUCAAAUUGUUGCCAUGGUAACUGUAACAGUUUGUUCGGAGACAAACUGAUGUUUCAUUUCUGAAACAUCGAUCUCCAAAAACGGUGAGAGCCAGGAGGCGGAGCUUAGUGCUGCUGAUCACCACCAUGUACUCGCUGCUAAAUGUGCUCAUGGCAGAGAAACAACUUGGCUGUCAUCGGUGGCUAUGCUAACUGGGCUUAGCAUUCAUGACAGCAUGUGCAAGUUGCAGUGCGGAAGAGAGCCGGGGGAGAUGAGCAGCGCCACAGCAGGUUGUGAUUAACAGCGCUAAGUCUGGCUGCACCGAUUGGAGUUUUCUGGCCGAUCACCGGUCUAUUAAAAGUCCUGACCUGCCAAUACCAAAUUGUUUUUGAUAAACAAAUUUGUUUUUGCUAAUCAGCACAGAUGAAUUGGUGCGUCCCUAGCGCUAAGCCCCGCCUCCCGGCUCUGACUGGUCGUUUGGAGAAGGAAGAGCAGAUUGUUUUGGCAGUUUAAACAAAUAUGUAGAAAAUAUUUUUAUAAAAGUCAUAAACUGCAGCUUUACUGCAAUUUCAGAAAAAUCCUGAAAUGUGUAUAAAUGUCCAGAUAUUUAGUUUAUGAGAAAUGAUGAAAUGUUGAUGGCAAAGAGACAAACUGAACAAAUGACUCAAUGACCAGAUUCCUAAAGUAAUCAAUUAGUGUCAUUUCAUAUUUUCUGCUUUUACUGGGAUUAUAAAUGUGCGUUUAAAAUCAAACGGUUUCAUUUUAUUGCUCUUGUUUAAAGCUUUUACACAAAGUGUUCCAGUUUGUUCUGCUUCGCAUCUUAUUUUUUUCAUUUCAGUUUAAAUUCAGAUUUUUUCAGUUUCAAAGAAAAAAGAACUGCAUGACUCUAACGUAGCUCCAUAGUGACUGUUAAGAAUUUAAAAAGAGGAAUAACUCAAUUUAGCUCUUUAAUUAAUUCUUUGUCCCGAAUUCCUGUGCCUGUAUACGUAUGCAGAGAGAAAAGAGCAAUCAUACGAUGUCAGACUUCAGAUAUUCAGAGUUUUAUCCACAGAAAUUCAAUCCAAGAAGAACUUUACAACAAGCAUCUCACCUAGAGCAAAAGUCCAAGACAUGACAAAACAGAGACAAAGAACUGAGUAAAAAGACAAAAUAUUAACAGAAGAUGCAUCCUCCGGGAAACUCUCACUCAGCACAAAGAGAUUCCAACUUCUGCUGUGAAACAAACCAUUUUAUAGAAUGCGUAUUCUCCUCAUUUAAAUAUAUGCAUUAGGAGGUGUGAUUUUUUCCUUUGUGUGGGCUGUCUUAAUGUUAAUUU